AUGCAUUCCAUGUUGUGCUCUUUGGUCGUCUUAAAAUGUAGAAGGAGCAAAAGCAAAAAAAUAUUUUCUAGGCGAUAUUUUCUCUUCGAUAUAAUUAGCAGUAAAAAAAGAGGAAUUUCCAAAAUAUUCGAUAAAAUUAAUCUAAAAUAUUUUGUAAAUAAUGAGGGUAAGCACAUAACACAAGAAAAUGGUGAUAGAUUGCAAAACAUCGGGGCAUAUAACACUACACAUAUUGCACUACAUAACGCACAGAAUAAAGACAUCUCUUAUGGAACACCCGCUCACCUUGGCAAGUGCUCCCCAAACAUAGACUUAUUAAAAGACGAUGAUGUUUACGAAAUUGAUAAAAUUUUACGGCAUGUUAAGGAGAAAAAAGAAAAAUGCGGAAAUAUAAAAGAAAAGGGUGAGGAGGGAUAUCUCCUAGAAUUAAUUGGAAUAACAGGCAAUGGAAAUGACAUCGUCGAAUCUAGUACCGUAUGUAUACGUUCAUGUGAAGAUAUAUUAAAUAAAAUGUGCAAAGAAAAAGAUAUUUUUAAAAUUAUAAAUAUGGUAGAUACGGUUUCAAAUAAUUUAUGCAAACUGGGUGAUGCAUUAGAAUUGUUGAGAAAUUUGCAUAAUAAUAAGAGUGUUAUUUCAAGAGCACAUGAGGCAUUAGAAAAAUUAACUAGCUAUAUUGACAAAAUAAAUAUUGAUCAAAGUGUUUAUAAAUUUUUAAAAAAGAAAUAUAAUGAAAAUGCAAAUAUAUUAGAUCAUGAGCAUAGAGAAGUGCUACGCAAUAUGAUUCUUUCUAUGGAGAAUCAAGGUGUUCAUAUAAAAGAUAAAAAAAAAAAAAAAGAAUAUUUAGAAUUACAAUAUCAGGAAAAGAAUCUUUCUUUUCAGGCCUCCUCAAAUUUUAAUUCUGAAUACGAUGGAUGUUAUAUUGAGAAAAAUAAAAUUUCACCAUAUAUUAGUGAACACAUCAUUAAACAGUAUGAACAAACAGUUAUGCAUUUUGUUAAAAAUAAUAAAAUAAAAAUGAAUAAACAAUACUCUAUGGACAAAUAUAUAUAUUUAUUACAAGACAGUUCCUUCGUUAUGACAAUAUUAGAAAAAGUCAAUGAUGAGCAAGUAACAAAUCAGGUAUAUGCCCUACUCAAAAAACCCAAUAAAUUAUUUCUAAACAAUAUAUUAGUUCUUCAGUAUUAUCGAAAUAUGUUAAUACGUUUUAGAAAUUUUAAGACUUAUAAUGAAUAUUCCUUAAUACACUGUAUAUUGAAUACACCAGCAAAGGUAAGUUUCUUUUUAUCUAAUUUUUUAGAUAAAAUUAUUCCAUGCUUUUUUAAAGAAUUGCAGUUUAUAGAGAGAUACAUAAAUACAGUAGCUUGUAAAGCGGAUAACAAAGGUGGGAAUAUAUCGAAGGAGGAGAUCGACUACAGCAACGUCGUCUUUCCCACUAGUAGAAAUAAUAGUAGUAAUGAUAAAAUUGGCUACAAUUAUUCGGACCGGAUGAUAGCCAAAUUAACCCCAGCAAAUAUAUUUUACUACAUGAACGAAAUCAAAAAGGUAAAACUAAAAAAAAUAGAAGAACAGAUGAACAAACAUUUGAGCUUAUAUGAUGUUAUAAAGUUCGUCAUUACUCUUUUGAGAGACACUUAUUCAUUAGAAAUGGUUAAUAUUAUGCCCCUAUAUAAUGAACUGUGGGAUGAUAGCAUUAUAAAAUUUGAAAUAAAAAAAGGAAACUAUAUAUAUGGACAUAUAUAUAUGGACUUGUUUGAGAGAGAAAAUAAGAGCCAUUCGAUUGCUCAGUACACUGUACGGUGUUCAAAGAAUAUGAACGCUUGCUUGAAAUAUAAAUGGUUUGCACGAAAUGCUGAGCAGUGUCCGUACUUUUACUCGGGAAUUGUUAGAGAUCAUGUUAGUCGUAGUGUUACUCAAAAUGUUGGCAGUAAUGUUGACUCUAAAGCUGGAAAUAGUACUGAAAAUGAUGCUGACUAUAAUGCGCACCGUAAUGCUGAUAAUGUGAGCGAGGAGGAUAUACAUGCUCCUAAUAAUACCCUGGAAGAGGAGCAAAAAGACGAAUCAAGGAAUGAGACAAAGAGAAGGGUAGUGGAAUUAUGUGAUAGCAGCACAGAGGACGGUCGCACCAUCAACCCAAGUGCUACUAAUAACGGCAACUCGAGGAAUAGUGGGAAAUGCCCUAUCCACAGCACGUCGAAUUAUAGGCAAACAACUUCAACUUUUUUGGUUUGCAAUUUUAACGUAAAUUUGAACGACACUGAGUAUGGAUAUGCCGAUAUGAACAGCCCCCAAGAUACCAUUUUUGUAAAUUCAAAAAUAGCAUAUUUUUUAGAAAAAAUAAAAAUGUCUAUAGAUAAAGUUAGUAUGUUUCUGCAUGAAUUCGGUCAUACGUUACACUGCAUAUUGAGCUCCACUUAUUUACAGCAUUUAUCAGGAAAUAGAAGUGGUGUAGAUUUUUCCGAAUUUUCGUCUCAUUUUUUUGAAGAAUAUUUAAAUAGUUAUGAUGCGUUGUUACUAUUAUAUAGUAAAAAUAAAGAAGAAAAGGAUAAUAUGAAAAUUUUGAUACAUGAUUACAUAAAAAAUAAAAAUAUUAUCUGUUAUUAUUCACUUGUUCAAGUUACAAUUCAGUCUAUAAUUGAUCAAAUAUUUUAUUCCAUAUCUCAUAAUUCAAAUUCUAUUACUGAACGGAAACAAUUGAUAGAAAAUGAAAUAAAUGCUUAUUUUUUAGGAAUGAAUUACAAAGGCAUUUUUAUUUUAGAUUUAUUCCCACAAAUACAUUUUUCAAAAACAACGCACUUAAUUCAUUAUCCUUCAAAUUAUUACUCAUACUUAUAUUGCUCUGUAUUAGCUAAAUAUGUAUGGAAUAGAACAUUCAAAAAUAAUAUAUACAAUAAGGAUAAAGCUAAAAAAAUUGUGCAAUUCUUACAAGGGGGUUCAGUUGAUUCGAGCUUAAAAAAUAUCAUAUCUUUAGUGGAAAAUGACAAGGCUAAAAUUGAACACUAUACACAAAAUCCUCACCAAAUCCCAUUGGACGAUUUUUUCCAAUAUUACGAAGGUGAUAAUAAAGAGAGCAAAUACUACACAUUUUUGCAGUCCCUAUAA